AAAUCAUUCGCUAACUAACUUGUGAACUAACCAGCAAUAUGAAGUAUACCCUAGUAGUACUCGCCCUAUUGGCACCCCUGGCUUUGGCAGCCAGUCUGGGUGAACAGAAACCAGAGGCCAAUGCCUUCGUCAAGUCCCUGAGGGAGUUGCAUCGAGGACCUCCAGUGGAAACACUGAAGACCAGGAAGACCCAUGUGGAGGAGCGCUGGAUCACCCAAAAGUUGGACAACUUCGAUGAUAGCAACAAUGCCACCUGGCUGGAUCGCAUAUAUAUCAACAACAAGUAUUUUAAAGACGGAAAUCCCAUCUUUAUCUACUUGGGCGGCGAGUGGGCUAUCGAUCCCAGUGGCAUUACCUCUGGACUCUGGAAGGACAUUGCCAAGAGCCACAACGGUUCCCUGCUUUACACUGAACAUCGUUUCUUUGGCGAGAGUAUCCCAAUAACUCCUCUGUCCACUGAGAACCUGGAGAAGUACCAGAGCGUUGAACAGGCCUUGGCCGAUGUGAUCAACGUGAUUGAAACCCUAAAGCUGGAGGACAAAUACAAGGACUCCAAGGUUGUGGUCUCUGGCUGCUCCUACUCGGCCACCAUGGCCACCUGGAUCAGGAAGCUCUAUCCGGAGACCAUCAGGGGCAGCUGGGCCUCAUCGGCACCGCUGCUGGCCAAGGUGAACUUCAAGGACUACAUGCAGGUGGUUGGCGAGUCGUACGCUACCCUGGGAGGACAGUAUUGUUACGAUCUGAUUGACAAUGCCACUGCUUACUAUGAGAAUCUUUUCGAUAUUGGAAACGGAACUCAGGCUGCCAAGGAACUGAACCUGUGCUCCAACUUUAAUCCCAACAACGAACAGGACCGUUGGCAGAUCUUCAGCACCAUUGCCAACAUUUUCGCCGGCAUUGCUCAGUACCAAAAGCCAGAGAACUACGACAUUCCCAAGUACUGCUCCAUUCUGCGAGAAUUCAGUGAUGAUGAUGCUGAAGCUUUGUCCAAGUUCAUCAACUGGAAAAUCAAUGAACACUCUGGCGCUUGCCUGAGCACCACCUUUAAUGGAGCUGUGGGCUACUAUGAAUGGUCUAAGGAGAACUACGAAGACAGCGACUUGCCCUGGAUCUUCCAGACCUGCAACGAGUUCGGUUGGUUCCAGUCUUCGGGCAGCAAGAGCCAACCUUUCGGAUCCACUUUCCCGGCUACUCUGUAUGAGGACACCUGCGAGGGAGUCUUUGGAUCGGACUACGACUCUGCUGGCAUCCACUCGAAAAUCCGCGCCACAAACAAGGAAUUCGGAGGCCUGGACGUUAAUGCCACCAACAUAUAUUUUGUGCAGGGAGCUCUUGAUGGUUGGAGCAAGGUGGGUGCUGGAGUUGCCCAGGGAGCCACCAUCAUUCCGUACGCCUCCCAUUGCCCCGAUACCGGAUCGAUCAGUGCCACCGACAGUGCCGAGCUGGUGGCCUCCAAGCAGAAGCUGAUCAAGCUUGUGGCCCAAUGGCUGAAGGACUAAUAUCUCAAUUGAUGAAUUUAAUUUAAUGUUAUUUUUUUUUGUUUUUAAUUAUAUAAAUAUUUAAUCACCUAUAUUUGGCCUAAUAAAGCAAAUAUUUAAUAUA